UAAGUCGUGGCGAGAAUCAUCAGCUGCCGGAGAAACGUAGAGGACAGAGGACUUGAAAUCGAAGCAUACAGUCGGGAGUAGUGCGUGUGCGUGAGAGUGUGCUUGUGUGUGCUUGUGUUUGUUUGUGUGUGUUUGGUUGUGAAUCAAAAAGUUACACUUAGGAAAUAGAUCUCUCUCGACUGGACGCUACAUCCGAUUUCCCACAGACCAAAAAAAAAACAUGUUCCGUGUGUCGACAGCAGCUUCAUUACUGCUGCUAAUCGUUGCGAUUGCGCAGGAAUUAAAUGUAACGGCGGCAGAGCAAGAUUUGCCCGAAGGCUUCCCCAAAUGUAAGCGAGAUGCAAACUUCGACAAGUGUCUGGUGGAUGCCGUCAAUGUGGCCAUACAGCUGCUCAAAAAUGGCAAUAAAGAAUUCGGCAUUCCGCCGCUGGAGCCGCUUGCCGUGAAGAAACUUGUUAUAGAUGCCGGCAAUGCGCCAAUCAAUCUACGUCAGGCCUUGAAGAACAUUAAGGUGCACGAUUUGAUAUCCACCAGCAAGAUCCUGCGGUACAAAACCGACUUGGACAAACAUUUAAUCAUCUGUGAGAGUCGCACGGAUCGCAUUGAGAUGAUUGGCGAUUAUGAGAUGUCCGGCAGGAUUCUCCUGCUGCCCAUCACUGGCCAUGGCAAGUCCAAUGUGACGUUGUUGAACACCAAAAUCGAACAUCGCCUGAUUGGAGAACCCUUCGAGAAGGAUGGCGUCAAGUAUAUGCGCCUCAAGGACUAUCGCGUUAAUUUCGAACCAAAGCGUGUGUACCUGAACUUUGAGAAUCUCUUCAAUGACAAGACCCUGUCCGAUGGCAUGAAUCGCUUUCUCAAUGAGAACUGGGAGACGGUUUUCAAUGAGCUGAAAGUGGGUUAUGCCAAGAGCUUUGGCCUCAUCUUCCGCGAGCUGUCCAACAAGCUGUUUGAGAAGGUGCCCUUCGAUACUAUUUUCCAGAGUUAAUGGUGGUUAAUUUAUGUUUAUAUUUAGUUAAUAAAGGAUUCAAUAACAUUUAA